CCGGUUUUCAUCCUACGCGAAGCUCAGUUGGCAUCUUUCGGCGGCUCCACCGUCUCAGAUCUCCGGUCCAGCUAUAACGCUGACUCUCUUACUGGGCUGAUCCAACUAUAAGUGAUUGCUCCACUUAAUCGGCCGCUAAUUCCAGAUUUGCAUUUUUCAAAUUAGAGAUAACUGUCAAGGAUUAAGUCAUGAGUUGCUUUGACUGUUGUGAAGAAGAUGAUAUCCACAAAGCCACAGACAAUGGAGGCCAAUAUGUGGUUAAAAAUUCAGCAGGAAAUGAUGGAGGUUACCAUACAUCUGAAACUGCAUCGAAGAGUGCUCAAAUGGUGAAGGUUCAGCCUAUUGAAGUCCCUGUUAUCCCUGCAGAUGAAUUAAGGGAAAUCACAGAUAGCUAUGGCACCAAUGUUUUGAUUGGAGAAGGUUCAUAUGGUCGAGUUUAUUAUGGAGUUCUGAAAAGUGGGCAGGCUGCAGCAAUAAAAAAGUUAGAUGCCAGCAAGCAACCUGAUGAUGAGUUUUUAGCUCAGGUUUCCAUGGUAUCAAGGUUGAAGUAUGAAAACUUUGUUCAAUUGCUUGGUUACUGUGUUGAUGGGAGCUCUCGUAUACUUGCCUAUGAGUUUGCAUCUAAUGGUUCCCUGCAUGAUAUUCUUCACGGGAGAAAAGGUGUCAAGGGAGCUCAGCCAGGCCCUGUUCUGACAUGGGCACAAAGAGUAAAAAUUUCUGUAGGAGCUGCGAAAGGGCUUGAGUACUUGCAUGAGAAGGCUAAUCCUCACAUCAUUCAUCGCGACAUAAAGUCCAGCAAUGUGCUAAUAUUUGAUGAUGAUGUGGCGAAGAUUGCAGACUUUGAUUUAUCUAAUCAGGCUCCUGAUAUGGCAGCCCGUCUUCAUUCCACUCGUGUACUUGGAACCUUUGGUUAUCAUGCUCCCGAAUAUGCAAUGACUGGGCAAUUAAAUGCCAAGAGUGAUGUAUACAGCUUUGGUGUCGUGCUGCUGGAGCUUUUGACUGGUAGAAAGCCUGUUGAUCAUACAUUACCUCGUGGGCAGCAAAGUCUUGUGACAUGGGCUACACCGAGACUUAGUGAAGACAAGGUUAGGCAGUGUGUUGAUCAAAGACUAGGAGGAGAUUAUCCUCCAAAGGCUGUUGCCAAGAUGGCUGCAGUUGCUGCAUUGUGUGUGCAAUACGAAGCUGAUUUCAGACCAAAUAUGAGCAUCGUUGUCAAAGCUCUUCAGCCUCUGUUAAAUGCCCGACCUGGACCUGCUGGUGAAACACCAAGCACAUAACUUUACGUGUCGCAGUCUUUCCAUCUCAAUUAUGCCUGCGUGCACGAAAGUAAUCGCACAUUUCAGGCAUCCACAAUCUGUAACAAGCGGACAGUUUUAGAAGAAUUAACGAGAACAAGAAUGGCAGAAGACCCACAGAAGCAGAAGAGAAUGGCGGCCGCCGCCUACGAUUACGAGAACGAUCCGUGAUGGGCAGAUUAUUGGUCCAAUAUAUUGAUUCCUCCUCACAUGGCAUCUCGCUCCGAUGUUGUCCAUCAUUUCAAGCGCAAGUUCUACCAGCGCUAUAUCGAUCCUGAUCUUGUUGUAGAGGCUAUGUCAUCAGGGUCACCAUCCCGAUCAUCAAAACCAUCUGCUUCAUCGUCAACCUCAUCAGCAGCAAAUGACGGAGCUCGGGCACGCAAUGCAGGUUCACCGACCUCCACGCCGUCGGCAGCCGCUCC